UGGUAAACACGAGCGAGCAUUUCAGUUAUUAGCGAAAUUUUGUGAAUAUUUAGUUAUCCCAAUGGUUAUAGCCAUAGGUUUCGAAGGCAGUGCCAACAAGCUUGGCAUUGGUAUAGUGAAAGAUGGGGAAAUACUUGCCAACUGUCGCAGAACUUACAUCACACCACCCGGUGAAGGUUUCCUACCCAGAGAAACAGCAGAGCAUCACCAACAAAACAUCCAUGAAGUGCUUCAAGAAGCCUUUGAGCAGUCGGGCUUGAGUCCCACAGAUAUCGACGUUGUGUGCUACACCAAGGGACCCGGCAUGGGCGCUCCGUUGAUGGUGUGCGCCAUUGUUGCUAGGACUUGUGCUCUGUUGUGGAAGAAACCUAUAUUGGGUGUUAACCAUUGUAUUGGCCACAUAGAGAUGGGCCGCCUAAUCACCAAAGCAAACAACCCAACAGUAUUAUAUGUGAGCGGUGGCAACACACAGAUCAUUGCCUACUCCCGCCAGCGGUACAGAAUCUUUGGAGAAACAAUUGACAUUGCUGUUGGGAAUUGUUUGGAUAGGUUUGCAAGAGUCCUAAAGCUGUCUAAUGCCCCAAGCCCCGGCUACAACAUCGAGCAAGCUGCCAAGAAAGGCAAGAAGUAUGCUCAUCUGCCAUACUCUGUUAAAGGAAUGGACGUGAGCUUCUCCGGCAUCCUGUCGUACAUGGAGGACAAAAUCGAUGAAUUACUGAAGGAAUAUACACCUGAGGACCUGUGCUUCUCACUUCAAGAGACUGUCUUCGCUAUGCUGGUCGAGAUCACCGAGCGCGCGAUGGCGCAUUGUGGCUCUGAUGAGGUCCUAAUAGUGGGAGGCGUAGGUUGCAACGAGCGCCUUCAACAAAUGAUGGGAACCAUGUGCUCCGAACGCGGCGCCAACGUGUUCGCCACCGACGAGCGCUUCUGUAUCGACAAUGGCGUCAUGAUAGCUUAUGCUGGUGCCUUGGCGCACCAAUCAGGGGCCAGUAUGGAGUUUAAGGAUGCCACUAUAACGCAACGGUUUAGGACGGAUGAUGUACUUGUUACUUGGAGGGAUUAAAAAUUUAUUUUGAAACAA